CCUCUUUUCUCUAAACUCUACCCAACUCCCUCGAACUCCAAUGAACAUAUAGUAUUAACAUUGCCAUUGACCGUCACGAGUGCAGUUGGUUUUAAUUUUAGCCUGCUGUUAAAACCAAAGCUAUUGCGAUGGCCUCACAUCCCGACGAGAAAAGGCACAUUGUCAUUAUAGGUGGUGGCAUCAUUGGAUGUACAAGUGCAUACUUCCUCACUCGCCAUCCGUCCUUUAACCCGAAACUUCACUCUAUCACAAUCCUCGAGGCUACAGCUAUCGCAGCUGGCGCAUCCGGCAAAGCAGGAGGCCUCUUGGCUCUGUGGGCAUACCCUCCAAGCAUUGUCCCGCUGUCGUUCCGUCUCCACGCCGAGCUAGCUGCUGAACACGACGGCGCGAAGAGAUGGGGUUACAGAUCUGUACAAGCGGGAUCGAUUAGAGCAAAGGUCCACCCCGACCGAUUGGAAAUACCGAAGGCGGAUAGCGGUACGGGAUCAGCGGAAUGGAAGAAGCUUCCAAAGCAGGAUGAAGCGAGCCUCAAGUCACUGCAGAAGAAGGGAAUACCGGAAGACCUGGACUGGUUCAUUGCCGAGGGACUGGCGGAGUAUUCUUCAAUAGGCGACGCGGAUGCAACUGCGCAAGUCUACCCAUACCAGUUUACAACCUCCAUGGCAGAGCUGGCACAGGAGAAAGGUGCUGAAGUCAAAGUUGGCGCACACGUUGACUCGAUCGACUAUACAGGCGGGCACGUAAAGAGUGUCACAUACAUGGACAGACAAACAAAACAGAUUCAUACCAUUUUGGCAACAGAUAUAGUCGUUUCUGCAGGACCGUGGAGCAGCCACAUAUUCCCUGACGUUGCGGUUGACGCAUUAAGAGCACACUCCGUCACAAUUAAUGCACAUGUAACUCCUUACGUCCUCUUCACCGACAUCGAGCUGCCGAAAGAUUUUGGAGCCAAGGAUGGCAAGAAGCGCAAGCAUGGGAGAAGAGUUAAUCCGGAGGUAUAUGCUCGCCCGAAUGGCGAGGUAUAUGCAUGCGGAGAAGGCGAUGAGCUUAUUCCCCUCCCCUCCACAGCCGACCUCGUGCAGUGUGAUCCCUCCCGCUGCCAAGAUGUGGUCGACUACGUCUCCUCCAUCAGUGAUGAGCUACGCACAGGCGAGGUCACUGCCAAACAAGCAUGUUACCUCCCUUCUAUACCUGGUAGUAGUAGUCCGGUAAUUGGCGGAGCAGGGAUCAAGGGGAUGGUGGUGGCGACGGGGCAUUCGUGCUGGGGCAUCCAGAAUUCGUGUGCGACUGGUAAACUAGUGAGCGAGUUUGUGUUUGAGGGAGAGGCGAAGAGUGCACAGGUUGGGGCGAUGGACCCGAAAUUUUACAUGUAAGAUGGGAGUUUGACAACGAAAGGUUAUAGCUAUAUAAUUUAUGACUAAAUGUAAGCACAUGAUUGUUUAAGGGGAGGUGGGGGGUUGGUGAUUUAGAAGUCCGGGUUGAAAUAUAAGCUAGAGCAUAUAGGAGAACAUACUAAGAACUAGUAAAGGUAUGAGAGAUGCGAGAGACUUAGUGUAUUGUAAUAAUGAGGCAAGUUUAAUAAGAUAUUAUCAGUCAUUUUAUAAAUGGGGGGGAGUCUAUUC